AUGAAACCUUCACCGACAUUAAUACCUCGUCUCUUACCUAUAAUGCGACAACCACCAGCAUCUUUCUAUCAACACAGUUACUCAUACACGAAUCCCCAUUUCCCAUUGUCAUUGGAAAGAGUGGCAAGUUCUUCUUCCCGACCUCAUUCAGUCUCACUCACAGUCAGUAAUACUAUGGCUAUGGAAGCGGCGGGUCUUGGUUCAGGUUCGAGCUCGAGCUCGAGCUCGGGAUUAAGAGCGAAUGAAUGGUCAAAGAGACAAUCAAAUACAUUCGAUAUCACGUCCGAAAUAACAAAAUCAAAAUCACACUUCUAUCCCAAACCUGGACCUGGACCUGUAUCUUUACCUGUACAUAAUCCGAUUCCAACUUCCAACCUGAUUAAACCAAAUAUGACUUCUAGUCAAAAAGAUAAUAAGAGUGAUACCAGCUUUGGUAGAUCUGCAAAAUCAGUUCCGGCUGCUACGAUAGCAUGGAACGAUCAUCUCUCCAUGGUCUAA